AUGGCUCGGCCAAAAUCUAGGACGGUGCCCAAAGUCCCAGCUACUCAGGAAAUUGCAAUGAAAUAUGAUUGCGUAGGAACAUGGCGCAUUAGUACCGAAUUCCAAUACACUAGAAACCGGUGUUCAAGGCAGAAGAAUACUGGACCAGUCAAUUGGACUGGCGAGUCAGGCUUGAUCCGCCCGGUAUACGUGUACUCAAGUUUCUUUAGCUUCAUUCGCAUGAAGUAUCUGGCUUUCCAAUCUGACGAUGCUGAAAGCCGAAGACUCGACGAGUCUGAAAAACAGUCCGACCGCAAUAGAACAGCUGUGAAGACUUUUAGAGAGUGUUCAAAGAUGAGGCCGUUGCGUAUUCACAGCGUGAAACGCAUAGGCCAGUAA